CUUUAUCAUCCUCCUUGUGACCUUCUAGAAUAGCCCCGAAAUCCACUACUCCCUUCCAGCCGCGUCUCACGCAAACCAGAGACUGUCUUUAUCUCUGUUGGUGAAGAUGCCGUACCGGGCUCCUGUGAAGACUGCACCGGUUCACAACCUUCUCCGAUCCGUCCCUCCUCGAGCGCGACACCGCCACGAGCAACGAUGACGUUCUACCGAGCCCGACGACGCUUUUUGGCCGGCUCCUCUACCCUCGUUUCUCCCUCAUCCUGCUUCUCCUCGCGCUCUUUUCGCUUUCUAUGAUCCGGAGUACCAAAAUCAUUGUUGAGGCCUUGCAUAUCCAUUAGAUCGUGGACUGCCCAUGGAGAUCCACUGAUAUGCUGCGGAUCCGCUAGCCCUUCUUGAAGAAGAACAGACAAGGUGUCCUUGGUUUCAAAUUCGACCCUUUUACGAAAGGUACCUUGGCGGUCGGUGAACGACCGAUCGCUGACCGACCCGGGAAGCCCGUGGCCGUUCACGAUAAACCUCGCCGCCCGUUUAGACAACUGUUCCAGCAGCACCUCGAGCUCGGGACUAUUUCGAGGCAAACGACAGAAGAUAUGGCCGGAUCCAGAAUACUUCCCCUUAAUCUUCUUCGGCUUUGACUCGAGUUCAAAGUAGAAACGCGUCGCAACGAGGCAACGCGCGACGACAUCGACAUCCUCCGACCGACAGAACUGCUCCCGAGCUUUUGUUGUCAGCCCGCGCAUCCCGCCCGUAUCGUCCAAGUCGACCUCUCUGUCCAGCUCAACGUCAAACCGGAAAUACCGCCCGUCCAACUCUACCCGUCUUCCAUUCUUGAACGCCUGGGCGAUUUUUUGACCGUUGAUCAAUUCCAUGAAGGCUCUGUAUGAUCGUGGCAGGAAUCCCUCUCUCCAGAUCGCACGCAGUCUGCUGGAGUGUGAUGUGGGUACGCGUGGUCCUGAGGACCCAGUACCGAGGGAGACGACCACAUUGGGCCUUCGGAUCAGGGGCCACACCACCGGGAUUUCCCACAGGGCAAGGUCGACGGGAUUGUUCCUCCACAGGGCCCCGUCUUGAAAGGUCCCUACCCCAGGAAUGCGCUUUGCUGGAAAGUACCUUGUGGCCUGUGAGCUGAUCAAAACUUCGAAAGAGGCGGAAGGGAACAUACCACGGUGCUGCAGCUCCGCUCAUUGCUCUUGUUUGCACUAUCAGCCAUCUUCUCAUGCUCCAACAAACCGUGACGGAAAGAAAUGAACACUCACAUCUCCCACAGCCGGACCCUUUUUCGGCCAUCUUGUGACCGGACAAUGCGGUAUCCUGUUCAUCCAUUAGAGGUCGCUCUCACAUUGUCAAUACAAAUCUCAGCCUACCGCAGUCCUGCGGUCUCGGUCCCGCCCCGUUAUAGUUGGUGAAGAGGCACGGGUCCGUUUCCAGGACCGUGGUCACCGGGAUUCCCACUUUCGCGCCGAUCGCAGUUGCAUGGGAGUUGUCCAGGAUGCCCAUGUCGCCGCCGAAAACUUCUUUCAGCGCCGCUUCCAAAUUAUCUGCUGGAUACAGACCGUCUGCCAAAUACGAGACGAGAAACCCAAGAAUGUGCGACAGGACCGGAAUGCGGGACACGACGGGUACGUGGGAGACCCAGCGCGGCCUGAAUGCCCUUUUCGCAAAAGAUUCGAAAAUGUUCGCGCAGUCCUCCACCGGCCACCCCAUGAUGAAUAAUGCGAGGACGAUCAGUCCGCCUGGUCCGCGUCAGCGAGGCCCGUUCAGCGGAUCGUGUUCACCUACCGGAACUGGUGCCGAACGAAAUCUCGAAAUUAUCCUGCACUGGGAUCGGUAGGCCUACCCUGUCCUGCAAGAUUUGUAAAAACAGCAGCGGCACGAUUCCCUUGACACCACCCCCAUCGAUGGUCAAUACGUUGACACCCGCUGUGUCAGGCUUUACUUUUACCGUCACAUCUCGAAGCUCCAUGUUGCAGAGGAAACAGCGCCGAAUGUCGAACGCCCACCGAUCAUUCUGAUCCGGGUGUCCGAAGACUCGAGGGCAGUUCUCGCAGACCGCGUGGCCGCAGGGCAAGUUGUUGUUCUCUGGCGUGCGACGCAAGCAUACGAGACAGGUGUCGUCGCUUCGCACCUGCUUCCAGCGAAGCUUAAACUUCUUCAGAUUGUUGUGAUGGACCGUCAAGGACGGUGUGCCGGCGGCAAAGUCCUCGAAACAUUUUCGCAACUGCUCUGAGACAGCUUGGACGAAGCCAGACGGAAGAAGCAAUUUUGUCGAGCUGUCGUACACAAGCACACCGCUCCUGGCCACUUGAUAGCAGGCGUCUUUAUACAGGGUCUGAAAUACAUCUUCGGGGUUGAACGCCACGGGGCCGUCAGAUUGGUUCCGCCACUCGUGAAAGGAGCUUCGACUUACCGUGCAUACCGGGAGGAUAAUGAUCCAACAGAAGGCUCGAUGCAAUCAUCGGCACCGCGAAAUUCGUUAGCUCUUCAGGCGAUUUGAUCUGCCUCAGGAAGUUGCACAGAUGCGUGCCUAAGUCCGACGCGACAGGAUUUCGCAAACGCGACGCUUUCACGAAAUCGAACGGCUCCCUCGCGGUUCUGCCAAAGUAGUCGGUCGCAUAUUUAAAGAAUGCGGUCAAGUGUCUCCCAGAGAACAGUGUCCUUGCCUCAAUCUUCUGCCUCCGGCCUCGAUUCAGCACCCGGAUCAAGUAUUCCUCCAGUCGCCGGUAGUCCUGUCCUCCGAGGGGAACGGUCACCACCUCGAGAGCCGACACCAUCUCCAGAGGAUUUUUCGUUGUCUCUUCUCUCAGCUCGCCCAGGAGGGCCUCCUCGGCCUCCUCGUCGCUUUCAGCCCCAGGGUCUGUGACUUCCAUUAUCACGACCACCCGUGGAUAUGUUGCCUUCGGCAGUGUCGUCGGCUUGCCAUUCUCGAGCCAGGAUGCGAGUCGACGUACCACGGGACCAAACCCGCCAACGUCGGUGGAAAAGAAGCAAAAGACAUCUGCAAAAGCACCCAAGAGACGGGAGUAGAGGUGAUCGGCUGCAUCUUCGAUAGCUAGAUCUUGGACGCCUCCCCGGAUGCGAGGAAGCAUCAACUGUCUCGUCUCGUGACAUUCGGCCGAGGACGUCUUUUUCCAGUCCCGGUAUGGAAGGUCACCAUCUGCUAGAAGCACGGGGACGUCCCAGAAGACACCGCGAUUUCCGGGUUGGAGAUGCACUCCGCCACCACGUUUCCGUCUGCCUGCCGACUUCUGCCUGUUCUCGUCCGCACCGAGCGAUCGGAGGGCUGACAGUUUGGCGGCAUGGCCGAUGAAAACCAACAGGCUAGGCUGCUGGCGCUCGGGGCUGGGAAAUUCGUCGAUAAGCGUUUGAAGCCGAUUCGAGAUGAACAAGAUGACUUCGUUUCGUUCAAUGCGGAGGUUAAGCCAUUCGCUGUGAUGACAGCGUGCCAUCAUGAAAGCCGAAAUGCUACUGCGAGUCCCAGUCUUGAGAUUGUGAGGUGCACAAAAGAGAAGCUUUUAAUACAUCACGGGUACCCGUUGUCCUGUGAGGGGAGCUCAAUCCAGACCCUGGAAUAGUGGACGAGGAAAGGGAAACAGACUGAAGGAAGAGACUGAAACGGGCUCCAAGCGCCGCCCUUCGAGAUCCAAUUUUGAACCAUCAUGAACGCGUUUUGGGCUCCUCACGAUACCACUAGGCUGACUGGUGUUCCCCAUCUAUUUCUUCUUGAUAUGUAAGCUGAAUCGACGCUCUUUUAACGACUGCGCAGGUGAACACAGUGCAAAACGAUGCUUAUGGUCACUACAGUAUUGGAACCUCGAAGUCGCAGGACAGACAAAAUACUCAGCAGAAUGCUUUCCAGUAACCAACCUCGCCAUAUGAAUCGACAACCUGUCGAGCUUGAAGAUCCCAGAUCUACCCCUGACCUGAAGAGAAACUCCAAGCUACCCUUGUUCAGGCACAGAUGUGCCCUUUGCGGCAAGCUUCGGUCUUCGGCUUACCAGAGAGAUCAUCCCAUCGCCCCGGGAGCAGCACCGAUCUUAGGGGUCUGUUCACGGCCAGGAUGCAGCACUCAGAAACGAGCUUGGUCUCUAUCGAAGAAGCCUCCACCGGUGGUGGUCCUGGAAUUGCAUUGUUACGUCUACGUGAACCAUCUCCCAGGUCACUCCACUGAACCGCCUCCCACGGUCGAGCUUCCUGGGGCAGAGCAGGACCGGCGAAAGGAGCUACUUCGUGGUGAUUACGGAGUGCCGACCUGGACGCCAACGAACCCCAACGCAUUUGAUGAUGACCAGCAGGCGCCAUGGGUCAAUCGCAUAGCCAAACCAACUUUUGUACCUUGCUAAGCUAGGAGGUUUGUAAUGGGCCAACGUCGAGUCCGUAUCCAUGUCAUCACGAUUCCCAGGCAUCAAUGAAUGCUUCCCUCUGCGAUGUUCUAUCUUGGAGGAUGACUCGACUUGAACAUGAUGGUCACCUAUGGAAUUGGCAAUGUAACCGCUGGCCGGUUAUAUGGGUGGAACGUAUUGCAGGUUUGGCAACGGAUCAUGUUUGAUGAGAGUUAGAUGUUGUUCACCUGUAUACCGUACAAUUCUAGACACACCAUCUCCAUAAGAAUUCAUGAUACGGCUAAGCCCUUGCGUGACUUCAUCCCCGUGGGUAAGGUCAUGCUGCCUGGAUCCCGCAGGUCAAUUAACCACUACCAAGCAUGAAGAGCUGGGCACCUUCUAGCUCCUUAGAUUCAGCCGGCGACAACCAUGACAAGUAUGCUCGCUAGGUGUCUUGGACCGUGAGCACUUUCACAAAGUGCGGUACGGCACUGUUCGCGGUUGACCGAGGUUGGCCGAGUUUACCACGCGCCGAUUGACCAUUGUCCGAUGCAAGUCCAGAGCCACAGCUCACAUAGACUUCCGUAGAAACCAAGAUCGAAUGGCAGCAACGAGCAGAGUUCCGUGGCAGUGCAG